UGCGUAUAGCGCACUCCUGCUCAGUGUAGAACUCGCCUCUUCAUCUGCUAGUGAGGGGUGAGGUGACUGCGCUUCCUCUGCGGUGGAGUGGAGUAGCAAACUCGAAAAGGGAAAAGGAAAUUCUCCGAUUCAUUUCACCAUCCAAUCAUUUUACUCCACCUCACCCAAUGCUCUGUUCGUUCCCGACUGGCAAGUCCGGUUCAAAAUGGCUGGACCGGCUCCGUUCCAACAAAGGCUUCCCGGCAGCUGACGACGUCGACCUCGACCACUUCCUCACCAAUCACCAGAAUUCCUUUUCCGAUUCUCCACUUCCCAAUCCCUCUAAUACCUCAAACUCCAACUCAGAGUCGAGCCAGUCACAUAGUAAACGAGUCAAUUCUGAUCGUAGCCACGCCGCGGAGACGUCAAGCGAGAGUGGAGAUAAAGAAUGGUUGGGUGCAAUGACCAAUGUUCUGUGCGACCUUUUCAACAUGGGCGAACUCACCGACAAGAAUUCGAGAUUUUCCGGGAAAAAGAGUGCAAGGAAACAAGCAAACCCUAAGUUUUGCGACGUGUCUACUCCGACUUCAGCCAAUGACAUCGACUCCAUAGGAAAAGACGAAUCUGUCCAGGCCGCAACGGUGUCGUUGCACUCUGAUAAUAAUUCGAAUAUUGGGGCAAAUGCGAAUUGGGAUGACCAUGGGGAGGAGGAGAAGGAGAAAACCAGCGGUGGAGGCGGUGGUGGUAGUGAUAGAGAGCUAAAAGGGUACUCGAGAAGUGAAGUGACGGUUAUCGAUACGAGCUUUGAGGUUUGGAAGUUUGACAAGUUGGUGUUUAGAAGGAAGAAUAUAUGGAAAGUUCGAGACAAGAAGGGAAAAUCUUGGACUGUUGGCACCAAGAAAAGGAAGGGAAAUCACUUAGAAUCUGGAAAUGGAGAUGUGGGUUCGAAGAAGAAAGUUAAAACUUCCAAAACCGAGUUCGGGUUAUCGAAGGACUCCAAUGGAGGGGACUUUGUAUCGCCGUCUAAUGAUGAUGGGAAACUACAGGGUGAGGAAAAAGAAGUUUGUAAAGAUUCACCGGAUGAUCAGUUCCAAGUUCCUAAAAGAAGAUCACCCAAGAAAUUGAAAAAGAAUGGCUCAUCAGUUGUUCUUAUAAAAGCUAUACCUACAAGGAAGAAGUGUGGGAGGAGCCUUCACAAGAGUCAUCUCAAUGACUUUCAGACACAGUACAAGGCUUAAUAAAUUACCCGUUAACAGAGUUUUUAAGUUGAAGCCGUAUGCAAUACAAUUCCCCCAGGAGAGCUAAAGCUGAAAAUACCUCAAACCUAUCCACAUGAUUCUGAAUCAAUGAUUCAUUGCCUUAUCUUUCUAGCAUUUAAGACAUUUUACUUUUUGGUUAACUCAUUUAUUCAAGGAGUCUGACUGGGAUUAUUGCAAUUGAAGUUAAGAAAAUCUUUUUUUUUUUUCA